UCAAGAAGUACAGUCAAAUGAAGAUAGGCCAUCAAAAUCUAGAUGAAGGAUUUGCAUAUCUAGGGUCCCAAACCGUCCACAAGUAACGUAAAAUGCUUUUGAAAAUUGUAGAUCCAAAUCUAUCAAUACAAGAUUUCAAUUCUCUUUAAAAUGGAGGCAACGUGGAGUCAUUUUCAGGAGAGACAAAAAAAUGCCAUAUUUUAUAUCUGAGGCCCCCGGUGAGGGUUUAAGGUUUAAAAGUGAGGAGAAUUUAAUUAAUUAGUGGGAAGGGAAGUGCGGUGUUACGAGGAAGAUGAAUGCGAAUGAAGGGGCGCUCUUUUACCUCGCCACAUGGAUUGAUGCCCUAGAAAGAGAUGGUGGGUGAUGACGAAGAAGAGCGAGAGAGAGGAUGAAUUUAUAGCAUAUCUUCUGUGUGGCCCACUGGUAAUCCACGCUGAUCUUCCUUUUCUCUCUCUAGAUUCAGGCACCCAAAUGCGAUUCCUCUUUCUUUCCCCUUCUAGAAAUACCGUUGUUGGUCUGUCGAGGCAGGUGGGUUACCUUCCAGAGAGGGAAAGUGAACAGCUAUGGCAGAACAAAUGCCUUCCUCUUCUUCUGCUCUGAGAUUUGAUGCUCACUUGAGGCCGUGGCCAUGGCUGAGAAGCUUCUGUGAGAUAUUGCUCUGUUCUGUGGGAUUCUGUAAGCAUGGGAGGCGCAGAGUGCCUCGCCAACACUUACUAAGAGGGGGCGUCGAGGACGGGGAUUUGCAGUAUGGGAAUGCGAGGUGUCUCUCGUCGUAUUACAGUGUCUUUGUUGCUCGCCUCGCUAUCAUGGUUAUGCUGGCUAUCUUAAUAGGAAUGCUAACUAUAUUGACGUGGCAUUUUACGAGGGUGUACACGACAAAAUCUAUAAAUAGCUUAGCUUAUGGACUUCGUUAUGAACUUUUGCAACGGCCAAUAUUGCGGAUGUGGAAUAUUUUAAAUUCAACUGUUGAGGUUACUGUGGCACAAGUAAAGCUCUCGCAAUACGUAAUUGGACAGCACACAAAUCCAGACACCCAUGCAAAACAGGCUGAGCAGCUGUAUGAGGUUAUGCGGGAUAUAACAUGGGCUCUUUUUUCAAGUCGGAAAUUUCUCAAUGCAAUAACUAUAAGCUAUGGGGAUGGACAUGUCCAGGCAUUUCAUAGAGAUCACAAGAAGAACAAUACAUAUUACAUGUAUUCAGAACUUACAAAUUUACAAAGCAAGGAAAUGCAAAUGGUUGACAUGCUAGCAUCAUCUCAUUUUUGGCGCAACAGAUCUUCAGCUGGAGGCAUCUCAGCGAUUUGGUAUAAAGAAACACUAGAUCCCAUCACUGGAAAAAGGAUAGGGCUUCGAAGACAAGUUCCACCAGAUGAUAUUAUCAAUAUUGCUGGCAUCUCGGCAAUCCGUGAUGGUGCUGCCUCAUGGCAUGUAACAGUCAGUAAAUUUACAGACUCACCAUUGCUUUCAGCCGCACUCCCAGUGCGGUAUCCUAUUGAUGGAAGCAUUGCGGCGGUAGUGGGAGUCACCACAACAUUUUUUAGUGUGGGUCAGCUGAUGAGAGAAUUGGUUGAAUUUCAUAGUGGGUACAUAUACUUGACUUCUCAAGAGGGUUAUUUGCUGGCAACAUCAACAGAUACCCCACUUCUCAGGAAUACGACAACAGGUCCAAAACUCAUGAUGGCUGUUGAUUCACAAUACCCCAUAAUAAGAUCAGGUGCUGGGAGGUUGCAAAAAGCAUAUGGGGGCAACUUACAACUUAAUCAUGAGAUUCAUAUGGAGAAUGUCAUACUUCAAAACCAACGUUACUAUCUUGAUUCUUUCUUUCUCAACCUGAAAAGAUUGCCUUUGGUUGGAGUCAUCAUCAUACCCAGAUCAUAUGUAAUGGGAAAGGUUGACCAAAGGAGUUAUGAAACUCUAGUUAUACUGAUCUCAGCAUCUCUCUGUAUCCUGCUUGUUGGCUGCGUUUGCAUCAUGAUUCUGACCAGUGGUGUAUCGAAGGAAAUGAAACUAAGAGCUGAAUUGAUAAGUCAUCUUGAUGCAAGAAGGCGAGCUGAGGCCUCAAAUAACUACAAAAGUCAGUUUCUGGCAAACAUGAGUCACGAAUUGCGGACACCUAUGGCUGCAGUUAUUGGGCUCUUGGAUAUUCUUAUGUGUGAUGAUUGCUUGACAAAUGAGCAGGUUGCUACAAUUUCUCAGAUCCAUAAAUGUUCAACUGCUUUACUAAGACUGCUGAACAACAUUUUGGAUCUCAGUAAGGUUGAAUCUGGAAAGUUGGUUUUAGAAGAUGCUGAGUUUGACUUGGAGAGAGAACUAGAAGGGCUUGUGGACAUGUUCUCUGUACAGUGUAUCGAUCAUAAUGUAGAGAUCGUGCUUGAUCUAGCUGAUGAUAUGCCAAAACUUGUUCGAGGAGACUCCGCUAGAGUGGUUCAGAUAUUUGCAAAUCUCAUCAGCAACUCUAUUAAGUUCACAUCAUCGGGGCAUCUCAUUUUAAGAGGAUGGACUGGAUUCUCCAAUAAUUUCAGCUGCAAAAGAAAGCCAUGGCUUGAUGAACAGAACACCCAGGUUUCCCUUAAAAAGAAAGUCAAGCAACAUGGUGGCAUUGGAGAAGGAUCAUUCAAGAGGGAUGAUCAGAUCACACUUUGGUUUGAAGUUGAUGAUACAGGCUGUGGAAUCAUUCCAAGCAAAUGGGAAUCUGUUUUUGAGAGUUUUGAGCAAGCAGACCCAUCAACCACUCGAAUGUAUGGAGGGACAGGUCUUGGCCUCUGCAUAGUGCGUACCUUGGUAAAUAAAAUGGGUGGACAAAUAAAAGUUGUUAAAAAGGAUGGACCAGGCACUUUGAUGCAACUAUACUUGGUCUUUGGGGCCCCUGUAGAACUUGGGUGCCACAUUCCCCAGAAAAACCCAAAAGAAUAUGUGCAGCAAAAGCUAAUGGUAAUUCUUGCCCUUAAUGGCAACAUGGGUAGAAUCACCAUGUCACGGUGGUUAAGAGGAAAUGGUAUUGAUACUCAUGAAGCUUCAGAUUGGAAAGACCUAAUGCAAAUUCUUUGUCAAACUCUCGAACACAACAGAAAUACUGGAAUUGGUACGCAUAAUCAUCUUGGAAGUGAAAUAAACUGUGAUUCUUGUGAAGUUGAAUGUGACCUUGUGAGAGGAUGUUCAGCAAGCAUUGUCACCAUUUCAAAUAUUACGCAUUUUGAAUCCCAGGAUAUCAAUGAGGUAUACAUGGGACCCAAAAAUUUUGUUGUUGUGGUUGAUGCAGAGAUACUGGACCAAAGCACAUAUAUUUGGAAAGAACAACUUGAUUACUUGGAUAAGUAUAGUGGUAGAGCAAACUUUGCAUGGAUUCUAAACCAUGACACAUCAAACAAUAUAAAAAUGGAACUCAGAAAGAAAGGCUAUCAAUUAAUGGUAAACUGGCCCUUAUACAAAUCCAAACUGAUCCAAAUUUUGGAAACUGUGUCAGUGAAGGGGGAGACUGGAUUUGCAAGGAAAACCAAUGAUAGAAAAUCAUCUCUGACAUCUGAAGCUAAAACACAUGAACGUGAUGAAAUUGAUCCCAUCCAAUUUGAUUAUGAUUGUUAUUCCAACAGUUCUGCUACAUCUGAUGACGGAAUUUGUGACUUAAGAAGUUGUGCACAUCAUCAUGCUGUAAAUGAUGCAGAAGACGGACUUUCGACAUUGCAACCUACAUGUUGCAAGGGAGUUUCUUCAGAUGAAAGGCGAAUUUCACACAUGGAGCACUUCAAUGCCUUUCGUCAAAUGCCUCAAAGUUUUGUGAAGUCAGAAAAUAUGAAUGAAUCUUCAAAUGCAUUUGGUAAGACUUCCUAUCAUAUGAUCAGCUGUGACAGAAAUGCUGAAGUUGACAAGAAGCAAUUGAGGGAUUCAGCAUUGUGGUUAGAUCCCAAAUGGAAAAACAGUUGUUCCAGGGAGAAUAAAUGCUGCCUAAUCAAAUCUAGACCAGCUUACAGAAACAAUGGAAUAUGUUUAAUGCAAGAAUACCCAUCCAAAAGAGCGUCCUGUUCAUUUUCUAUUGAGGAACCACAUGGGAAGCCAUUAUGUAACUCCGAAUGUUCAGAUGCAAGUGAGUUACAAGUGGAUAGAGAUGAUGUUCAGCCACUUUCCACGAUGCCAUUUGAUAAUUCAUGCCGAAGUUACGCAAAUGGUAGAUUGCAAGCAGUUCCUGAUGAGUUCAAUCAGAAGGAUUGCAAAAGUUCCAAGAUUGUUCUCUCUCCAAAGAGUUCAUUACAAGGCUUGACAAUACUUCUUGCUGAAGAUACACCAGUCCUUCAGAGAGUGGCAACCAUCAUGCUCGAAAAAAUGGGGGCAACAGUAUUAGCAGUUGGAGAUGGGCAGCAGGCUGUAGAUGCCCUCAGAUUCAAUUCUGCAGCAGAUGGCUGCAGGAGAUGCAGUGCAUCUCUCGAAGAUGGGAAAGCUGGAUCCAACUUGCAAUUGCAGGAUCUUCCAGUAUUUGAUCUUAUCCUUAUGGAUUGUCAGAUGCCCAGAAUGGAUGGUUAUGAGGCAACAAAAGCAAUUCGAAGGUACGAGGCGGAGACUGGAAAACACAUUCCGAUUGUAGCAUUGACUGCACAUGCAAUGUCAUCUGAUGAAGCCAAAUGCUUGGAAGUGGGCAUGGAUGCCUAUUUGACCAAGCCAAUUGAUUCUAAGCAGAUGGUAUCAACAAUUCUCUCCCUUGUAGGAAGAGUUGACUGAUUCUUACUACUACCCAGCCAAGCAUGCUUGUGGUAUUUCAUGAAUAGACAAGACAAAGAUGAACAUUGAGGCUCCAAGCUACGAUCUGAAGGCCCAACUAAAAUGGAAGUUUACAAAGAAAUGUAUAUUAAAAGUUCUAAUGUAACCAUCAUUCUUACUCGUGUCUCAUAAUUGUGCUUGUAAUGAUCAAAUUUGGCAGAAUCCAAGGAAUAAAAUCCUUGACAUUCUUCGUGCACAAUAAACGUGUAGUAUAACUUACAACUUCUAGACCACAAUAAUACUCGAAUUAUGAACC